AUGCUUUGCCCAAAAUGGAAACCAUAUCGCGACGCCAUGCCUACUGCGGCUUCGCAAGCUGCGCCAUGUCAAACUUCCUCGGAAGAAUCCUGCGCAGCUGCAAAGGGGAGUCGAGCCAUGUACUCUCGACCAAUCAUCCUUCAAAGUUGGGCUAUUUGGCCCUCCCGUGAUGUGUCUCCAAAAGAUGGAAAGAGGGUAAGAGAUGGAUCUAUAAAUUACAGGCUAUCACCCUCUGCUGUCCAGAGUCUCUGUUCACGAAUUCAAACCACUUCAUCUCUUCCCAAUUUUGUAACCUCUUAUUAA